GAGCUAAAGGACUCUCCCAAGGCGAGGAGGCCGCUGCUUGCUGGAGCCCUCCACCUGGGAAGGAGGAGAUAAAGUGAGCUCCAACCACCCAGCUUCAGAAGAAAUGGCUGCAGAGGCCCGUUGGCAGCAGGACUCUUGCUCCACCUUUCCCUCAGAGGGCUGUGGAAAUUCACCAGAGAAGAAGGGCAGUGCGGCCUACUCUAGACCUGGCACUGCUACGUCAGGGGAGAUGGACAAACCACUGAUCAGUCGCCGCCUGGUGGACAGUGAUGGCAGUCUGGCUGAGGUCCCCAAGGAAGCCCCCAAAGUGGGCAUCCUGGGCAGCGGGGAUUUUGCCCGUUCCCUGGCCACACGCCUGGUGGGCUCUGGCUUCAGCGUGGUGGUGGGGAGCCGGAACCCCAAACGCACGGCCGGCCUCUUCCCUUCCUUAGCCCAAGUGACUUUCCAGGAGGAGGCCGUGAGCUCUCCAGAGGUCAUCUUUGUAGCCGUGUUCCGGGAGCACUAUUCCUCACUGUGCGGUCUUGCUGACCAGUUGACUGGCAAGAUCCUAGUGGAUGUGAGCAACCCCACGGAGAAGGAACAUCUUCAGCACCGCCAAUCUAACGCCGAGUACCUGGCCUCACUCUUCCCUGCGAGCACCGUUGUGAAGGCCUUCAAUGUCAUCUCUGCGUGGGCCCUACAGGCUGGCCCAAGGGAUGGGAACAGGCAGGUGCUCAUCUGCGGUGACCAGCCAGAAGCCAAGCGCACCAUCUCUGAGAUGGCGCGCACCAUGGGUUUCACGCCCCUGGACAUGGGCUCCCUGGCCUCGGCGCGGGAGGUAGAAGCCAUACCCCUGCGCCUCCUUCCGUCCUGGAAGGUGCCCACCCUCUUGGCACUGGGGCUCUUCGUGUGCUUCUAUGCCUACAACUUCAUCCGGGACGUUCUGCAGCCAUACGUUCGGAAAGACGAGAACAAGUUCUACAAGAUGCCCUUGUCUGUGGUCAACACCACGCUGCCCUGUGUGGCUUACGUGCUGCUGUCCCUGGUGUACCUGCCUGGUGUGCUGGCAGCUGCCCUUCAGCUGAGGAGGGGGACCAAGUACCAGCGCUUCCCGGACUGGCUGGACCACUGGCUGCAGCAUCGCAAGCAGAUCGGACUGCUCAGUUUCUUCUUCGCCAUGCUGCACGCCCUCUACAGCUUCUGCCUGCCGCUGCGCCGCUCCCACCGCUAUGAUCUGGUCAACCUGGCUGUGAAGCAGGUCCUGGCUAACAAGAGCCGCCUCUGGGUUGAGGAAGAAGUCUGGCGGAUGGAGAUAUACCUGUCCCUGGGCGUGCUGGCCCUGGGCAUGCUGUCCCUGCUGGCGGUCACCUCUCUCCCGUCCAUUGCCAACUCCCUCAACUGGAAGGAGUUCAGCUUCGUGCAGUCCACGCUGGGCUUCGUGGCCCUGAUGCUGAGUACCAUGCACACACUCACCUACGGCUGGACCCGCGCCUUUGAGGAGAAUCACUACAAGUUCUACCUGCCGCCCACGUUCACGCUCACGCUGCUCCUGCCCUGCGUCAUCAUCCUGGCCAAGGGCCUCUUCCUCCUGCCCUGCCUCAGCCGCAGGCUCGCCAAGAUCCGCAGGGGCUGGGAGAAAGAUGGCGCUGUCAAGUUCAUGCUGCCGGGGGACCACACGCAGGGGGAGAAAACAAGCCAUGUGUGAGGCCCUGGAGAUGGGGACAGGCGCAGCUCGUGGGGGCCCUGAGCUGGGCUCGCUCGGGUCUCUUUUCUGGACGCUGCACCAUGGAGUGACGAUAUUUUCGUGGGUGGCUGAGAUCUUAAUUCCCGGGGUGCAGGCAUAUGCCGAGAUACUCAGAAUGACACCCCACACGUGCGAUACGUACUCACAUAUAUUUCACAUAUAAUAGGAUUUGCUAUUAUUCUUACUUAGCUAAAAAAAAAAGUGGGUCCCUAUAUUUCAACUUAAGCAUUUCAAAGCAAAUGCCACGUAUUAAACAGCCGAUCCCACCCUCGUGGUAUCUACAGAGGCAGACAGACACACUCCUCAUAUAGGAAAGACUGUGUGUUGCUGUCUACCCUUUAACCUCUACGUUCCCUGUUAGCUAUAUCCUAAAGUCGGUGCAAAGCUUGGGCAAGAACUGCCUUUGGUGCAGCCUACUCCCAUCCCAGGAUGGGGAGGGAGGGGCGGGGCUGGUCCGGACUCUCCCGCUUCCCUGGGCAUGUGUGAGGAGUCUCAACAAGACACCCCCACCCCAGUCUGUGCAGAAGCUCUUUCAGGUCUGUCCUUUCUUCAGGGAAGGCUCUGAAGCUGCCCCAUCUGAUCCUAGCUGAGCUGAGGAGAUUGUUCCCCACUCCCUGAAAGUCCAGAGUCACCGUGGAGCCUGCAAAUUGAUCCUUCUGCGAAGGUGUGAAGUCACCGCCUCACCAGAGCCAUUAAUGAACCCAAUCUCCGGGAGGAGGAUAAUUGUUUUCCCUCCAUUAAGUUGGUGGUGACCCUCCUUUAAAUCACUGUGCCUUCUCACCUUUUCCAUCAUUAAUUUGGACAUCUCCAUGGAGUGGACUCUUUGUCGGGGCAGCUCAAGCGGGGAGGGAGCAUUAGCGAUUGCAGAGAAUAACCACCAGAUCCUCUUCUUGGGGUGACCCUCCCCUGGGGUGUGCCCCAGGCCUGCCUUCAUUAAAUUGGUCCCUAAGGAGAAUAAUAGGAACCCCUUUCGGUUUACCCUGUUGCCUGUAGGCAGAGAACCUACCUUCUGAGUCCCCAGAAAACAGUGGCCCCAUUCUUUUCUUCAGGGGGUCCACAGCCCCCUCCCUCCCACGUACAUUCAACCACAGAAGUCUGCAAAUAUUGUUUUUUGAAUUCUUAAAGAGACCGUAUCCUCAUUUUAUUACAAUAGUUAAAAUCGUC